CGAGCACUGUGUGUUUGCGCAACAGCGCGCGCGUGUUUAACUGCUCCUGGGAACCUGGAACAACUCGGCACAAACUUUUCAGAGUUACCCUCUAGUUCUCGGUUAGUCUUUGCCUCCUCUCACUACAAAUCAUGUCGUCGAGCUGUGACGCGUCGUCGAGUUGCCCCAUUCCGAGCCGCGCUCCGCAGAAGCAGUGCUGGUCCGUCCUGCCCGACUCCUACAGCCAGACCCCCGGCGGCACCGUCUUCUCCACCACCCCCGGAGGGACCAGAAUCAUUUACGAUAGGAAGUUUCUCCUGGAAUGUCGCAACUCUCCGAUUGCAAUGACCCCACCGUGCUGUCUCCCUCACAUUCCGGGUGUCACCAUGCCGUCUGCACACCCGCUGGACAAGUUGUCUGAGCAGGAUGAGGACCGUAAAGACCUUCCCGCUGAUGACAGUCAGUUUGUCCUGGACAUUUGAAAGUGUUCUCUGGCUCCUGUGGAGAAGUUGUCUGCUGCGCUCCUUAUCAGAGUACCGUGGGUUUCUUUUUGUACCCAUGUUGCAUUGUAUUGAAAACCGAAACGACGUCGGAGAUGAUGCUACUGAAGAUUGCCAGUGGGAAUUUGAGCCAUCAAAGUCACAAGGCAACAUUCUGCUUUAUUUUAUUGUCUUUACAUUCAUCUGAAAGACGGACCGAAGUAUGUAAUGACGUUUUAAAAGGAGUUUUUCCAGUAAAGAUUUUUAUACUGGUUCCCCAAUGGGUUAAAGUGGAGAGUUAAGACCCUGUUAGGGUGACUUAGUCAGUAUCUUGUUUUGUUGAAACUUUCUGUACUGAUUACUGUUCUGUUUUCUUUCUUUUUUUUAAAUAAAAGCUGGAAAAUCCACA